CCGGAGUCGGCUCCUCAGCAGCUCCUGAGUUCCGAGCGCCAUCUAGCGGAUCCACUGAACGCUUCAGUCUAUCUCUCAGUUUAAAGUGAAGCGUGGUGCAGUCUCAAUCUUUAAAUGAAUCAAGAAGAGGCAGAAACACAAGUUCAAAUCCACAGAGGCUAGGACAAGUCACUUCACAUCAGAUCUUAGUUCUUAAUUCUUCUGUGGACAGAUUGGAUUUAAGAAUGGAUUCAUAGUUUAUUCUGGUAACUUCACUAAUCACAACACGGGGAUUGGGUGCUUCGGAGCGGAGGACUCAGUUUGUCUUUGACGUCAGGUGAGAGGAACACACCCCAUCAUCCUGCUCCGGAGGAGAAGAGGCUCAGCGCGCAGCCAGCGCGCCGCUCGGCCCGCCCGGACACUGCAGUGGAGGGGACCGUGCCACCGCUGCUCGCUCCCGACACGCACCGCGUCCCGCCGCAGACUCCCAAGGAACCGGAGGGAGAACAGCCGAGGAAGCCAUGGCCGAGUCCAACCCGCUGCGGGGGUUCCCCCGUCUGCGCCGGGCCGCGACCUCAUUUCCAGGCAACCUGCAUUUGGUCUUGGUGCUCCACCCCAGCAGCUUGUUAGGCUCUGCCCCCAGUCCGUCCUCAAGCACUGACCUGGGCUUUCGCUUCAGCCAGGAUGACUUCCUGUUAAAGAUGCCGGUGGUGAUGCUGCGUUCAGUUGGCGAACUUCUGCGCUACAUCGAUGAAAACCACCUGACCUCAGACUUUACUGCAAAAGUGGAAUAUUGCCAAAGUGACUGGAUCGUCCUUCGCACGUCCAUUGAGACCUUUGCGGUGACAGUGAAGGAGAUUGCUCAGCUGCUGCAGGGCUUUGGAUCGGAGCUGUCUGAGACCGAACUUCCGGAUGAAGCGAACACCAUCGAGUUCCUGCUGCACUCACACACACACCGAUACCGACAGAUGAAGGAUGAUAUCCGCAAUGUGCUGAAAGAAGGACGCCUGCUGCUGUCCAACCUGGAAACUCUCAAGGCCUCCAACAGAGACGCAGAGGAGGAGAGGGAAAUACAGGGAGAUAUGAAGACUGUUCAGAGGCUCCUGGCUCAGCUCAGCGACAUGGAGGAGGCGUUUGAUGGCUUCUUUGAGAAACAUCACCUGAAGCUGCAGCAGUACCUCCAGCUGCUGCAAUAUGAAAUCAGUUUCCAGCAGAUGGAGGAUGUGCUAGAGCGACUCUCUGCCCAGGAGAAGGAGAUCUCCUCUGUGGCAACCACGUUGGUUCAAACAGAACAACUACUGAAAGACCUGGAGACGCUGGACAAGCACGCUCAGGAGGAGAUGGCUCGUGCCCACGUGGUGAUCCUGCACGGUCACCAGUUGGCUGCCAGUCACCACUACGCCCUGGCGCUCAUCGUCCAGCACUGCAACGAGCUGCGACAUCACUGUGAUAUCAUCACCACCGCCAUGCGCACCAAGCGGGCCUCGCUCACCCGAGCGAGAGACCUGCUGCACCGGCUUGAGGACGCGCUGCGUUGGUGUGAUGAGGGAGCCUAUCUGCUGGCGAGUCAGAUGGUGGACAAGUUCCAAACUAAAGAGGGAGCCCAGGACGCGCUGCAGUACCUGAGCUUUCACCAGGAGAGGGCGCCGUCCGUUCUGACUAACAGCCAGGACACCCUGAGCCUGGAGUUUGAAGCCAUACUGACUCCACAGCUGCAGUCCCAGAUAUCCAUGGUAACGGAGAAGCUGACCUCGGUGCAGUCCAUGAUCAGAAACAGAGAGCAGUGUCUGAGGAGGCUGGCGGAAGUGCAGGUCAGACCCAUCCAGCUGGUGGCCCCGAGGCCCGAACCUGACCAGACCUCACAACGCUGCAAGUCCCCGCUCUUCUCCCCGAAACAUGGUGUCGACUUAAACGUCCUGAACUCCAAGUUUUCCUUUGACCUUCUUCCUGGAAAGAGAGCUGCGAGGAGGAACAACAGCCAGCGCAAGAUCGAGGUGAUGCACGAUUACCAAGGCAACCGGAGCUGUUUGUAUGGCUCGAAUCCCGAGACGGAUUCCGAGGUGGAGGACAAUCCAGAGCAGUUGACACGCCACGUUAUGAAGGAACUGAUCGCUACAGAGAGGAUCUAUGUGGACGAGCUGCUCUCUGUACUUCUGGGCUACAGGGCAGAGAUGGAGGACCCGUCUGUGUCUUAUCUUCUUCCCUUUGCUCUGUGCAGCCAGAAGGACGUUCUGUUUGGCAACAUGCCAGAGAUUUACCAGUUCCACAGCAGGAUUUUCCUUCAAGAUCUUCAGUGUUGCCUGGAGACACCGGAGCGAGUGGGGGCUUGCUUCCUGCAGCGGAAAGAGAAGUUCCAGGUGUAUGAGCGUUACUGCCAAAACAAGUCUCGCUCUGAGUCGCUAUGGAGACAGUGCUCCGAUUCCCCCUUUUUUCAGGAGUGCCAGAAGAAGCUGGACCACAAGCUGGGUUUGGACUCUUAUCUCCUGAAACCAGUCCAGCGUCUCACCAAGUACCAGCUGCUCCUCAAGGAGCUGCUGAAGCACUGUACGGAGGAGAGAUACCGCUGUGAGCUGCAGGAGGCCCUGGACUCCAUGCUGGAGCUGCUCAAGUCUGUCAACGACUCCAUGCAUCAGAUCGCCAUCACUGGAUAUCAGGGUGACCUCAGCCAGCUGGGCCGGGUGGUGAUGCAGGGAGGCUUUAGCGUGUGGAUCAGCCAUAAGAGGGCAGCAGUGAGGAUGAAGGAGCUGGCCCGGUUCAAACCCAUGCAGCGACACCUCUUCCUCUACGACCACGCCCUGCUCUUCUGCAAGCGCAGAGACGAGGACAACCACGACCGGACGCCCUUCUACAGCUUCAAAUCCUGCCUCAGAAUGAGUGCUGUGGGAAUCACAGAAAAUGUGAAAGGAGAUGUGAAGAAAUUUGAGAUCUGGUACAGUGGAAGAGAAGUAGUUUAUAUCGUUCAGGCUCCCACAGUGGAGGUCAAAGUUGCCUGGCUGACAGAGAUUCGAAAGAUUCUCACCAACCAGCUGAGACUGUGUCAAGAUGAGCCUCGUUCUCUACCACUUUCAGGCAACACAGUUUCUGACAGUGCAUCAGAGAUGUGUGUGUCGUGGGGCGGAGCGACGGUGGGAGGCUGCUCAGCGUGUCUCCCUGUUCCUCACAGCUCCUCGGCAACAAGCCACUCCUACAGGCCCCAGGGGGAGGAGUCAGUACACAGUAGUCCUGCCCACUCAGAACCUGUGGUUAACUCGCCCCGACGCAGUUGGCCUGUUCCGGCCCACUCUGUGGCGAUCUGCGAAGGCCUGGAGGACUGGGGCGCCACUGACCUCUCCAACCUCUCAGACUCAGACUCAGAGGAUCAGCCUUCUCCGCUGGUGGCGGGCAGGUACAGGGUCAUGGUGGAGAGCAGCAUGGCCAGCACUGAUGACAUCAUCUUUAACUGCGGUGACGUCAUCCAGCUGCUCCGUGAGGACUCGUCAGGAAUGUGGAUGGUGAGGAAUAUAAGUCGUUGUGAGGAGGGCCGUGUUCUCCCUGAAGACCUGCACAGGAUUCUGGGAGAGACCUGCUGAGAGCCAAUCAGAACAGAGGAUAGAUGACGCCUGUGUCCAUUCUCCUUCCAAUUUUGUCACUUAUUUGGCUCCCUCUCUCCUCAAAGCACAACAUCAGCCAUAAACUUUACACUUCAAACUACUGUGAUAGUCAGAAGGAUGUAAAUGACAGAAAUGGCCUCGUAAGACUGUAUCACAACAAACAACAUAAAUGGGACCUCACACUAUUUUCCAGCAUUAACGCAGAAGAUGAUCUGGGCUGAAGAUGCUAAACAGGGAGCUUUUAUUCAUACAUACUGAGUGGACUUUUAUUUAUCGAUUUAUCAUUUCUAUUUUCUUAUGAAAUAUCAGAAACCAUGCAUAUGCCUAACGACAUAUCAUUACUGAUCAUGUGCCAAACAGCUCAGCUGAUCAUUGUGGCUUAAUUUUGUACAAAGCAACAAUCUCCUUUGUGGAAAAUAGCUUUAACUCGUGAUAUCACUGUUUUGAAUGAAUUUAUUUUUGCGUAUCUGUUCUACAACAGCUGGCUACAUCACUGGAGUGAGGUAUUAUGGUUUCGGAUUGUCCAUCCAUUUGGCACAAACAUUCAGUUGGACUCGAGGACGACCUGAUUCGAAUUUGGAGGUCAAAAGUAACAGUGAUCCCACCAAACCUAUUUAUUGCCUCCUGAAGGCGUUAUCUUAAGAACGCCUCGAUAGAAACUUUUUAAAAUAAAUGUUCACUUGGACCCACGGAUUAACUGAUUAGACUUAGGUGGGCAAAGGUCAAGGUCAUGCUGGCAUCACAAAACAAGUUUUUGACCUCAUGAACUUAAAAUCCCAAAUCAACCUCUGGGGAAUUUCUCAAUAAUAAGUUGUCACUUGGAUUCAAAGAUGAACUGAUUACAUUUAAGUGGUCAAAGGUC